UCUUUCGUUUUUCGCCUGCUGGGUGCAAAGGAGAGAGAGGCUCUCAGCAAAGCAACAAGAAGGAAGAGCAAUGGCGACACUGGAUCGCCAAAUACCAAGUCCGGAUACCUUCCUCCACAAGCCUUGGUCUUCCUUCGUCAGUGCGGCUAAAUUACGUUUUGUUGACAACGCGGCGGCGUCCCUGGACAACAACAGCAGAGAGCUUUUCUGCCCGAGAGAAGCCGCGAAGCUCGGCAAACAAGAGAUGCUUGUGCACAGUCCUUUCCCCAUGUUGGAGGAUUUUUGUCUGGUCGUCUGCCAUAUCUGCAAUAAGGUGGUGACUCCUCAGGGCAUCCUCGCACACUAUGGUAGCUGGGAUUUAGUUUCCCUGUGAGACAGACACACAGAGAGACAGAGAAAGACACAGAGAGACCACAACACCCCCCCUACUCCCCUACCCACCCUCCUCCCACAAAGAAAUGCAUAGCAAAAACCAGAAGAGACACAGCUCCCCCGUCCCAUCCAGGAGCCCAUUGGUUCCCAUGAAGCCCAAAGCGCCCGCCGUGGUCCCCGCCGUGGCCCCCAGCCCUGGGGACACGCUGGCGUUCAGGGUCCCUAAAGAUUACCCUCACUCCCGCUUCAGCAAGGCGCCUCUUGCUGUCUACCCACCAAAGGGGGCUCGGAACAAAACGUGUGUAUCACUACCAGUUGUUAGCCUGGAGAAGAUCCCGUGCCUCAACCGAUCAGAGUCUGCACCCCACGUGCGCCUCACGCCACCUUCGUCAUCAUCCUCCUCCUCCUCCCCUCUCAAAUCCUCCUCCAUCCCGCCCCCAACGUCCCAGCGGACAAGCGAAAAGUUAACCAACGGUCGCGGUAGCAGCGGACCAUCCACGCCUCGCUCCAUCACGCCUCCGUCCUCCCUGGACAGGCGGCCCAGUCCGGCACACUCGCCGCUGGACAGACGAGCGUCGUCGACUCCGUCUCCCUCGCCGAUGGAUCGGAAGUCCUCCCUUUCACCGUCGCCCUCGCACCGCUCUGUGGCUCUGCCAGCGCUGCCGUCGUUGUCACCGAUGGAGAAGAAGCAACAGAACGGCACGAAGACGUCCUCCAGGUCACACAAAAGGCUCUCAGGGAGGGUGUUUGAUCCAAACAAGCACUGUGGAGUGCAGGACCCGGAGACGAAAAGGCCCUGCACGCGAUCUCUUACCUGCAAGACUCAUUCCUUAACUCACCGCCGAGCCGUUCCCGGUCGAAAGAAGCAGUUCGACCUCCUCCUGGCGGAGCACAAGGAGCAGGCAAAGGAGAGGGAGGCGUUGAAGGAGAAGGAGAGAAUUAAGGAGGCGGCGGCGGUGCAGGCGGCAAAGGAGACCUGCAGCCAGCAGAGUGUCGCAUCUCAAGAGGCCGCCUGCCCCGGCAAGUCCCAGUGCCCCAACGGACGCCCCCUGUCCACGCUGAAGCUGCGCCUGGCCAACGCACACAUACCGAGGGUUCCUGGUAGCUCCACCUUCACCUCCACCUCCAGUCCUGUACCUCCAGCAGCAACACCCGCCCAGGCCCCAAAUCCAGAGCCGGUCCCCCACAGCUGGACGGCCACCACCGCAGACGGUGGGAGACUCUCCAGCGACGAGGGAGACGCCGACACCCCCGAGGACACGGACCGGCCUGGCCUGCAGUAUUCCAGUCAUCACCCACAGCCUUCAGGGUUCUGCGUGUUCAGCAGCCGGCUCAUGGGGCGGGGCUACUACGUGUUUGACAGGCGAUGGGACCGGAUGAGGCUGGCGCUGCAGAACAUGGUGGAAAAACACCUCAACGCACUAAUGUGGAGGAAGGUGCCUCUGGCUGCAGAGAGCCUCCCCUCCCUCUCCCCGUCUGGUCCCUCCGUUCUGUCUCCUCCGAUGCACUCUCCCACCUCCUUCACCUCCUCUCCGCUGCUCACCUCCCCCACCAACUCCCAUUCUUCCCACCCGACUCCGUUCCCCCCACCCGCAUCCACCGGCGGGACGUUCGGCGUCAGGGACUCCCCGCAGCGCCUCGCCCCGCCAGCGAAAGGACGCAACGCCGCGCACAGAGCCAGCCGCCCGUCCAGGGACUCCACGGAGGACUCUUUAGCGGGACCGAGGAAGAAGCAGAACUCCUCCCACUCAUCCUCCUCGUCAUCCUGCUCGUCCUCCUUCUCGCCUUCUUCCUCGUUUCAGACUCUUGACAACAAGAAGGGCAGCAGCAACUUUUACUCAGCUUUGCAAGGCUCGGGGGGCGCGGCUGCUUCCCCAGCUAAGAAAAAGCGACCUUGUCCGGGGGAAAGUGGGUUUUUGAGCAGCUCAGACGCCUGGCUCGCCAGAGCGGACGGGUCUGUCAGUCAGAACUCACAGAAGAGGGAACCGGCCUCUGCCCCCCAUCAGCCGAUGGCUCCCCCAACAGGACCCCUAGCUUACGGGGGAGGAGCGGAAGGGAGGAAGAGGAGGAGCCCCAGCUCUUACAAAGGGAAGGCUAGCAAGCUGAGCCGGCUGGACGGAAUGGAGAGCGUUUUCGGGAAAGCAAAGGAGGGCGGGGGAAUCCUGGCUUCGGCGUCGGAAUCCCAGAGACACGCCAAGUUGCAUCACUGACAGAAAACCCGGUUUGUCGGGCAGCUGCGUGGGACACCACCGUUUGUGACCUUUGACCUCACCACUCUUCCAGCGACGGCGCCAAUCAGACUGCGUCCUCUGGAGGACAACUACUGGCCUACUUGUCCAAUGGCCGUUCAGUUCAUCGAGCGUGGAACUCCUAAUGCUUGGGAAUGCUUCUGCGACCACCUUCUUCACCGGACGCCGUUUCAUUCACUCUGAAAGGGAAUUUGCCCCUGCGUGUACCUGGUAUUGUUGACAACACCGCCACUGUAGAGCUGAAGGUGGAGGAUGCUGGAGAUGACAUCAAUAACGGACUCCUCUCCGCCUCUUUCUUCAUCUUAAGCCCCGCCCACCUCGGCACGCCUGUGUUCAAAGUGCACUUACUUAAAAGCAUCCGGCGCUCCCUGUAGUGGUCCCGCACACAAACCCGGCCUGUCUCACCACACUGCCACAUAGAUACGUUGGAUUUUCAAAAUAAAAUGAAGUCGGGAUUCAUUUCCGGUUCACCCAAAAUCCAUUUAUUACUACGUUUUUAUUUUUUUCUUGGACUGCCUUUCUUUUUUUUGUAAAUUAAUUUAUCAUUUUUGAAAUGUUUGAUAUCUAACUAACCAAUGAGGUUAAAGCUACUCAGACUUUUUUUUUUCAAAAAGUAAAUUUCUAUGGCAUUUUAAAGAAAGUAUUAUUACAGUUCCUAUGUGUACAUAUCUGUUACUAUUUUUAUAUUUAUUAAUAAUUGUCCCCUUUUAGGCAGACAUUAGAGAGGGAACUCUAACUCUUCUGUAGGUUUGACAGUAACGACGGCCUGGCUUCUUCAUGUCUUUUAAGAAUUUAAUCGGUAACAGAAAUAAUAUUAUUUGUAUAUAUAUCUUCUAAUGCCAUUUCAAUACACGCACAAAGCCAAAUAGGAACGUUAUCUCUAUUUUUUUUUUAUUUUUUUUUUUUUUUGUAACUGCUGCUGUUUAUUUCAUUUCCUUGUGGUUGCAUUACCAAAUGAUGGCAACAGUGAGAGCUUCACUUGAGUUUACCAGUGUUCAGUUCAUGUGAACAAGUAUUCUAUCUAUAGAACGUUGAAUUACUUUAACUGUUUUAUGACAGAUUCUGAAAAUGUGUGUCUGAUUUCCACAUGGCAUGAUGUGUAAAUGCACUGUUUUUUUUUUCUUUUUUUGUGGGAAGAGUUCUUUAGUCACCGAAGUUCAUUCUAUUCUAAAGAAAACUUUAUUUUUUUGUCAACUUUUCUAUAGGGGUGCAGGAACAGUUCUCGCCGCUCUUAAAUCAUGAAAAGGGAUCCGAAGCGAUCCAGAGAGUCACCAGUGCUUCUUCUAAAGCUACGUACACACCGGGCGUGUCAUUUGCAUUCAAGAACGACCUGUUAGCGUUAUGGGGUGUCGCUACCCCAUACUAGCGCAUCAACUCACAUUAGGCUUGGUGUGAAAUGUCAAAACAAAUUAAAGUCAAAGUCCUAUUAGUGAACACGCACCUGAAUGUGUAAAAUUUGCUCUACACAUUUGACCCAUCCAAUGGGGGAGUGGUGAGCUGCAGACACAGCCGCUCUGGAACUAUUUGGUGGUUAAACCCCACAAUCCAACGCCUGGACAAGCGAAUCUGGUCACAGAGAAAAAAUAUGGCGCUCGAAAAUCAAUAGCCGGAAGUCCCUCCCCCUAGAAAUAAGUGCAAGAUGACAUUGGGUCAUAAAUAACAAUGAUAUAAAAUGAUCUGGAGUAUAUCAUUUCCUGGAGGGCCACAUUCGGCCCUCGAGCCUUGACUUUAACACGUGGCUUACGUGAUUCGCUGAUUCAUAGAGAAAGAGCGUCAUUUCGCCGGCUCUGAUCCACCUGAUAGUUCUGAAAUCUUUUUCAGAUAUCUUUUUUGAAAGGGUUUCCUAAAGUUUUGGAAAUUUACACUUAAGUAACAGGCUAAAGUUGUGAAAUUUUCGCUUUUUCUAGCGCCGUCUUGCAUGUGACCAGAGGACCCUCAGCAGGAAGUCACUGAAUCCCAUUUUCAGCCCCAAUCCGAAUUCUUCUCCCUUCCCCUUCAUUUAACCCUCCAAGCUGAGAGAUAUGAAAAAAUGGUGUCUCAUAUUUCAGACGCCACUUUCGUUUGAUGACGUCUCCAAUAAUCGCUGGCCGCUAGCGUUAGCGCACUUGAAUAUACACAACAACAUCUGUUUUCUAACUUUAAAAAGUUAAUUCUACAACAUAAAGUCAUUACAUACAUUUAAAUGUAAACUUCUGUGGUUCAGAGUGCACCCACAUGAAGAAAAGCGCUUCUUAGCGCAUCGCGGUUUAGCCUUGGAAGGAGGACUUUAUACCCCUACGUUUGGAGGAUUGGAUUUGGAUAUAAAAACAAAAAAAACACAAAUUGCACUUAAACUGCCCCUUCAAAUGGAGGGAAGAAUUCAAAUUGGGGCUUAGAGUCUGACUCGGUCUGGAUUUGAACUCAUGUACAUCCAGUCUCAGGGUGAACACUCUACCACAAGGCCACUGAGCUCCAGGCGUUGUCAUUCACUGCUCUAUUCCGACAUGGGUGUCAUACAAUUCUAUCUGUAAUGAUGAAUGAUCAAACACUUGGUACUUCUGUGUUUUGAGAAGGCCUCUACCAAAACGUCAUUCUCAAAUCUGAUUGGUCAAAGUUCAGCUGGUUUAACUCUUGAUGUUUUGCACGUAGAGCCCGAUAACCAUCUUAAAAACGUUUGUAGCUACGUGUGAACGAGAAAGUUUUGAUCAUAACUUGUAUUUAUGCGCGCUUGCAUAGACUUUUCAUCAGAAUUGGUGGUUUGAACGCGCGUUUCUGAGCCCGGUGUGAACGUAGCAUUAAACUCUGCUAAUGGAUAGUCGACUUUCAACAUAUUAAAGGUGUCCUUCUACACAUUCUCACUCCUUACUCCUCAUAUAUGGACGUAUGGUUCAGGGGUACCCAACCCUCAGGACGCGGUACCGCUUCUGCGUCCGUUACCACGUUCGAUACCGCGUCCUGUGGGUUUGGGACACCCAAAACGUCAAAGUGGCGCAGAGGGGCCCUGAUAUACGUCCGUAUAUGACGAUUUGCGAGUGAGAUUUAAAAGUCCUUCACACCAAAUCUCCUUUUUUGUGUUUUUCCUGACGUUUCUGUUCCCCUGUAGCUCCACAUUUUCUUUCUUCUUCCAUUCAAACUUUCUUGAACUGUUUCUCUUUCUUCCAAGGCUGAAGGCUCUACACUGGUUUCUUUGUGUGGUUAGACGCCACAAGUGGAUCGUUCACCCACGACAGUAUGGUAAUAUUUCUUAUCUAGGGAGCACUAGUCAUUCCUUUGAGUUCAUAUCUGUUUUGAGAUCAAAAAAAUUCAGAUUUAUUCAAAGUGGAGAACUAAAGUUUUUUUUUUCCUGCAUGUUCCACAUUUCUAAGUAUUGUUAGCUACCUUAUUAGGCUAAAAUAGGUGUUAAAAGUCGCCUUUAUUUAUGAAUUUUAGGUGAUUUUACUGGUUGAAAUCCCACGUUGAUCAUCUUUUGAUGAUAUAUUUUAAAAACAACCUCCUCAAAAGAAGUCACUUUUCUACUUGCUGAACAGAAGCCAUUUUGAUUAGCUUUUACUUGGUACAAUUAGCUUUUAGCGCUAAUCAGAAGGGGUUUGUAAAUAAGCAGCUGUUUUUUGUUGCUUUUUUUUAACUACUUUAAAAAAAAACAAAAGAAAGAAAGUUUUAAAAUUCUUUCUGGAAGAAUUCAUUGUUGGGAAAUCUUUACUGUGUUAGCUUUCAUGCUAACAAUAUUAGCAUCUUUUUAUAUACAUUUAUCUGUCACUCUUUUUUUCCCACAGGAAGUCAGCAGGUAAACUUUAAACGGGCUACUCUUUAAAUAUUUUUUUUUUCUUUUUGGGAAAUGCGUUUUUUUAAUUUAUUUUUAUUUUAAUCUGUAAUUUUACAACAAAAACCUAAACAAAGCUCCCUUUUAAAUCUGGAUGUAUUUCUAUGAAUAUCCGAGAUUUUCCAGACGUCUAUAUUUGUUGGUGUUUCUGAGAAGUAUACAGUAAAAGGUCGUGGCAGUUGACCCCUAAACCAGCACACUGUUGUCAUUGUCUGAUCUAACGCUGUGGUGAAUGUUGAAGAGAAAAAAAAAACAACUUUUGCCUUGAGGGAUUUCAGUGUUUUAUUCAGCCUUUCUGCAGUUGAUUUAAAAGAAAAUAAUAUUUUUUUUUUCAACUAUAAGACAUAACAAGCUGUAAAGAUGAUCUUGUAUCCGAGCUUUUAUUAAAUGAUUAAAAAUA